AUGAAGACUCCGUGGACUCGUCUGACGCCUGGCUCUAAGGCGUGCCGCAUUCAGACGAGUUUGCGCAUUCCAAGUGAGACCGUCGGCGUAGAAACAGCCAAGGACGCGAUCCUUACGUUCUGCGAAGAACGUCCCGACCUCCAAGAAUCUACUACCUUCGAGACUUGCUCCAACUUUGAUGCGGUCGCGGUGUUGAGAGGACCGGGCUGCGAGCAAAUCGACUCAUUUAUCAAAAUGGGUCGAAUUGACAAGCAGAGCCAAGGCCUCAUCGAUAAGUCUGUCGACGUGACCCUCAUGACGCCGGAUGAGAUCACGGAAUACAUUCUGGUACUAAUCGUCUACAACUUACUGUCAAUUUAACAUGAUGACGCUGUAGAUUCAUACCCAACUAGGUUUGCUUCUGAUCUUGUGUCUAGUUUUCCAAUAAAGGCAUGAAGUCUCCAUCUCGCCUUUCUGUCAUAAGCAUUCGCCUCCAACUCCACUCUCCAGCCCGCUUUCGAGAAUAAGGACAACCACCAGCCAAACUUGCAC